AUGAAUAAUUUUGGAAUCAUUGCCAUCUUGGCGUUGGCUUGCUUAGCCAAGGUCAACGCCAAUCCAUGUGGUGGAUGUCCAGCCCCAUGCCUUCCACUCCCAUGUCUUCCAGCCCCAUGUCCUCCAGCUCCAUGCUGUCCAGCUCCAUGUCCUCCAGCUCCAUGCUGUCCAGCUCCAUGCUGUCCAGCCCCACCGUGCCCACCUUGCAUUCCAUCUCCACCUAUUAGUCCAGCUGCACUAGCAUCUUUAUUGGCUACUCUUAAAGCUGCGGCACCUUACUCACCCCUUACCCCACUCCCUGUCGCUCCACCUUGUAAACCAGCUUGUGGACCCGCUCCAACCGUAGCUACAACCCUGUCGGUACCCGCACCGGCACCUCAGGUCAUUGCUCCAGGACCAGCACCAGGACCAUUGAUAGUCCAAUUGCCGUCAGUAGCCGGAAAGUGCGCACCGAUCGUCGUUCCUGCCGGUCCAGCCCCUAAUCUCCUCGUCAAGCUGAACCAAUGUCCAGCACCCGCCCCAAUCAUACUUCCAGGUGCGGCACCCGGACCUAUCGUCAUCAACGACGGAAAUGUAGUUAAGGAACAGUCUAUCACGUGCGCACCAGCUCCACAGUCGAACAAAAUAUUCUUCGCAUUGCCUGCCCCAUUACCGACUCCACCGGUUGUUUUGCCACCAGCGCCAUUACCUAAAGUAUUCUUCAACCCCGGUCUGUACGUUCAAAAACCUGAUAUCGUAUACCAAACCCCAGUUGGUCUACCGCAAUUGUUUUUGAUUCCGCCACCAUGCGGAUGUCCAGCACCGUGUUACCCACCACCCGGUCCAUGCAACCUGCCACCAGUCCUCGCCAAGGUCCCGGCUUGCUGUUGUUAG